GGCGCGCACGGCGGGAGCGGCCGGCGAGUGCACGGGCCCCGCGGCCGCCCCGCGUCCUGCUGCCCGCUCGCCCCCGCCGCCCCCCAUGAGCGCAGCCCCGCGCGGCCCGGGUCCGUAGGCGGCGGGCGCCCCCCAUGCUGCUGCAGCCCGCGCCGUGCGCCCCGAGCGCGGGCUUCCCGCGGCCGCCGGCCGCCCCCGGCGCCAUGCACGGCUCGCAGAAGGACACCACGUUCACCAAGAUCUUCGUGGGCGGCCUGCCCUACCACACCACCGACGCCUCGCUCAGGAAGUACUUCGAGGGCUUCGGGGACAUCGAGGAGGCCGUGGUCAUCACCGACCGCCAGACGGGCAAGUCCCGCGGCUACGGCUUCGUGACUAUGGCGGACCGGGCGGCCGCUGAGAGGGCUUGCAAAGACCCCAACCCCAACAUCGACGGCCGCAAGGCCAACGUGAACCUGGCCUAUCUGGGCGCCAAGCCGCGGAGCCUCCAGACGGGCUUUGCCAUCGGCGUCCAGCAGCUGCACCCCACCUUGGUCCAGCGAACGUACGGGCUGACCCCCCACUACAUCUACCCGCAAGCCAUCGUCCAGCCCAGCGUGGUGAUCUCGGCCGCCCCGGUCCCGCCGCUGUCGUCGCCCUACAUCGAGUACACGCCGGCCAGCCCGGCCUACGCGCAGUACCCGCCGGCCGCCUACGACCAGUACCCGUACGCCGCCUCGCCCGCCACGGCCGCCAGCUUCGUGGGCUACGGCUACCCGGCCGCCGUGCCCCAGGCCCUCUCUGCCGCCGCGCCCGCGGCCCCCGCCUUCGUGCAGUACCAGCCCCCGCAGCUGCAGCCCGACCGGAUGCAGUGAGGGCUGCGCCCCGGGACGGCCUGGAGGCCGCUGCCCCAAUCCGGGACCCAUCACGUCUCAAGGGAGGACUCAGGAAAAAAAACGACCGAGAGCCAGCUGAGGACGCGGCGCAGGCCCGCACACGCGCCAGCCUCUGCCUGCUGCUUCCCUGCCCGUCCCCGCGGCCUCCGGCGGGGCCGUCGCCACCGCCACAGACCCCCGCCG